AUGUAGACGGAUUUAUCAAGAGUUUGUAGGAAGAGUCCAAGAAGGCGUAAUAUCUCACUCUCCUUCUCCGUCUCGAUCGCAGGAGGCUUUCAGUAGAAUUCGUCAGUUCAUAUAUAUAGCAUCAGAAAAAUGGAUGGUGGAAAUAAGGAGAAGAAUAAUGUCGAGAUUCAAGACAAAGGGCUUUUUUCACACUACAGUUAUGGUGUUAGUGGUGAACACUAUUCAUCGUCACCAUGGGCAUGCCCCCCAGUAGGCUACCCUCCACAAGGCUAUCCAUCCCAAGGAUAUCCUUCGGCCCAUUGUUAUCCUCCUCAAGGCUACCCACCAGCAGGAUAUUCUGCUUCACAAGGUCCAUUCUUUCCAACUGGUUAUCCUUCUUCAGCUUUCCCAUAUUAUACAGGGAGUGGACAUGGCAUGGGCAUGGGGGCAAUGCUAGCCGGAGGUGCUGCUGCAGCUUAUGGAGCUCAUCACUUGGCACAUGGUGCUCAUCAUCUAGUGCAUGGCCACCAGUAUGAGAGCGGCCUCUACAAGCACCAUGGCAAGUUUCAUAAGCAUGGGAAAUAUGGCAAGCCAUGGAACAACGGAGUGUAUGGAAAGUACAAGUUCAUGAAGCGGUGGAAGUAAUACUUCUUUAGCACAGAUGCAACUUCACUUAUAUUUGGUUACUACCAGCUACCACCUACUAUACAGAUUACAAUAAUGAGUAGUUCUCAAGUUUAAUCUCUUCUAUCAAUUAUUAAGAAACACUAUAGUUAUGAGUUUAAGAUAUAAACUACUCUAGCAUUCCUAUGGGAUAAAUUAAUAUAAUGGAGUACUUUAAUGGGAAUGCUUAUGUUUUUC